GCGGCGGUCGAAUUAAACUUAAGAAAUAUAUGCACGGGAUCUUAUUAACACUAGAAUGUACCGUGAGCUGACGCCGUUUUAUACUUAUUAUCAUAAGUUUUUCGAAAAAAAAAUCCAUAAUUAAAAGAAAAUUGACUUAGACAUCGCGUACGGUGUUACAGAACUGUUUAAUAUCGGUUAGUUUAUCAUUAUUUCAUUAUAUUUAUUUAUAAUGAUCAACGACUAGGGCCAUGCCUAUUAAAAAAAGCUUGCUACGAGUAUAAACUCAAGAACAUCAUCAUUUACAAAUAGUGAAAGCCAGCAGUAAUUCGCGUGUACGUCGUAUGCGACAAAAUGCUUCGGAUCACUUAGUAGCCAAAUAGCUUAGAGUUACCCAAACAUUACAGUAAAAAUUGUACGUAUUGUACCUGAAUAUUAUUGGAUCCAUUGAAACCUAAAAUUAUAUAAGAGGACAGCGGAGAUGUUUUUCUUAAAAUUGCCACAUAGAUCGAUAUUCUUGGGCAUAGUUUUGUUUCUUAUCGAGGCGAUAAGCAUAAUAAAAAGUCACUCCAUGCCUCAUAUUCAUGGAAACAGCGAGUCAGAUGAAAUAGGUCCAGAGUUUUUGGCGAAGUUGGGCAACAUAACGGUUCCCUUAGGACGAGAUAUAUCAUUCACCUGCGUUGUUGACAAAUUGGGUCAAUAUCGGGUGGCAUGGAUUAAAUCUGAUUCAAAAGCAAUUCUUGGGAUACACACACACAUGGUCUCCCUAAAUCCAAGACUAACAGUGACACACAAUGGCCACAACACCUGGAAACUUCACAUAUCUCGAGUACAGAUAAAUGACUCCGGCAGCUACAUGUGCCAAGUUAAUACAGAUCCCAUGAAGAGCCUUUCUGGAUUCUUAGAUGUUGUUGUGCCGCCAGAUAUUUUAAACCACCCAGAACAUAAUCUAGAGGAAGGAGUCAGUACAGAGGGUGGAAGUAUUUCACUUGAAUGCAGUGCGACUGGUGUUCCAAAACCAAAGGUUCAGUGGCGGCGUGAAUCGGGAAAGGAAAUUAUCCUUCGAGCGGAAAGCAGAGAUAAACAAGCUCUAAAGUCAGUGGAAGGAGAGAAGCUCGUUUUGACAAAUGUACAUCGUUCCGAUAUGGGUGGCUACAAUUGCAUUGCUUCUAAUGGAAUACCGCCUUCAGUAAGCAAGCGUUUUGAUGUUCACGUAAAUUUUUCACCAACAAUUAAGGCUAUUAAUCAAUUGGUGGGAGCACCCGUUGAAAGAGAAGUAACUUUAGAAUGCAUUGUUGAAGUAUACCCUAAACCUCUUAAUGGUUGGUAUCGUAACGAAGGAAAUGUUAAACUGCACAACGGGAACAAAUAUAAUAUUACUGAGGAAAUGAUUAACUUGUACACUUGGCAUCUCAACCUUACCAUUAAACAUCUGACUAAAUCAGACUUUGGAGCUUACAGUUGCUCAAGCGUGAAUGCGCUUGGCAAGAGUGAAUCACGCAUUCGAUUGCAAGAGUUACGACUACCACCUAAGUCGACCACGACUGCAACGCCUCACGUGCAUACAACGGUUAAACCGCGUCGUAAGCAGCCACCCGCUCAUAGCAAGGGACUGAACGAAGUGGUGCGUGCCAAGGAAAGCCAUUUCUCAAAUCAAAUGCAGCAAGGGAACGACGUAUACAGCAAUGGAAUUGGUGUGCUUCAGAGCGCUAAAAGUGUAAGUUCUGGUGGCGCUUUAGAAAGUGGAAACGGCAACGACAUGAUAAACGGAGCGGAAGUGCAAACUAAUUUUCCCACACGUAACGCAUAUGAAAAGAGUUACACGCCCCCUGGAGCUUUACCAUCACCUCGUACACCCUGGAUAUUUACAAAUGGAGGGACACGUCGACAUGCGUGCACUAAGAAAUCGACAACUGCAUCAGUGAUCAUUUUUUGGAUGUUGUUUUUGUGUACGUAUAUCGGUCAUUAA